AUGGCCCGUAAGAGAACGGAGGCCCAGCACCGGACAACCAUGCGCGGCGCGCCCCGGGCAUGCAACAACGUCUGUCUGGACGACACGACGUACCCGACGUGGAAAAUCGGGUCCUCGGGUACCGUUUAAAGGGCCAUGGGCGGGUCGUGGGAUGCAUACUUCGCGGCUGCCGUUCAGACUCUCUUUCUGUUCAUCGUUCGGUGCAUAGCUGGUGCCCUACAAGAGCUGCGCACGAGACGGUAUGAACUCCUUGCAGGGCUGGUUGUUGGCGCUCUUGUAUUCCCGGGAGCGACAGCCCAUACGUUUAUACCCUUUUGGUCGUGGACCCUCCAGUGGGCCCUCCAGGUCUGCGGACAUUGGUGGUGGUUGUGUGCGAAGUUGGACCCGGCGAUCUCGGUCUCUGUCGGUUCGAUGUGUUUUGCGCCGCUGCUACGUCGUGAAAUCUACCGCCGGAACAUGCGAUUGAUGUCGGUCAUCGAGUACGUCAUUGAAGGCCCCAUCCACAUGCUACUGGUGUCACCCUAUCUCCGUCGAGGAGUGUUGUGGCUGGUGCAAGCACUGUGUAUCUGGGCCAUGUUGGUUUCGAUGCUCCGUGUUCAAGUUCGGGAGUGGCUGUGUGCUCACCCGGCGAUGUCUGCGCCACCCAGGCUGACUGCCCAGCUCUGUGGUCAACUUAGGGUGUGGGUGUUUGCGCACCCGACGAUGUGCGCGUCGGCCGCUGUGUUUCUUAUCGUCUUCCUUUGUUGGGGGUCGGUGCUCCGGGCCGGCCGCCGCGCACGGUUGUCCGACCAGUGCAAACGUCGGGUGAUGGAGGCGUACUUGUUGGCGGUGGUGUUGGUGAUCCCGUUACUCUCGUACAAGACUCCUCUGGAGAGAUGCCAGCCUGCGAUCGUGUUUUACCUCUCCGUGACGUUGUUCGGUGUGUUGCAAGCGAUGCCAACACCGCCACAGCCUGCUCGGGAACAACGCCCCCCAAAGUUGACUACUAAGCACAAAGGCGCACGGGCUCGUCGAGUCAUCCACAGGCGCAUGUACGGCAGGAACAGUCUAAGAGGCGCGACGCCUCUGCCGUGCACGGGAUUCGGGAGAAAACGCCGCAGACGAGGGUCUUGCUCAAGAGGUUCAACACAGGAAGGAGCUAGUAGCACGAGUUUCUUGUUGUGUUCUCCUCGUAGA